GGUGGUGCAGGUAAAUCUAACCUUAUUCAAAAGUUAUUUUUCAACGAGUUAUACUCGAAACCUAAGAAGCAGAAAUCAGGGUCAAGUUGGUGGAAUAGUUAUGAGAAACAUAAAAUUGUUCUUUUUGAUGAGUG